UGGGAGCUUAUUGGACUCUCAUAGAGGAAUUCAGCACAGUCUCUCUCUCUUUUUUGCAUUUGACCUGACUGGCAGCCAGGACUCCUCCCCUGGUAAUGGUCUCUCUUUUUGGCAGCGGCUUUCACAGAGGCUUUGCCAAGUUGUCAGGUGAGGAGGUAGAGCCGGAGGAGAUCUCAGUCCGGUGUCUGCCACCAACCAUGAGCGGUGGAGUCAAUAUCAAAGUCAUAUCCCAGAGUCAGAGCGACACAGGUGUCAGCUCGAGUCUACCUUUACCUCGUAGCAUGAUGCCUCUCUCAAAGAUGGAUCCCAAACAACAAUACAGCAACCCCUCUAACCCCACAAUGCAGUAUCAGCAUGCAGCCAAAAGACAAACAUCCUAUUCUUCAUCUUCCGUUUCCUCGGGUCCUGCAGAGCUGCUGAGAGGUGCAGCUUUAAAGAACCACCUGCUGCAGCAAAAAGCCUGCAUGUACUCUCACAGAAGCCCCGCAGCUACAGAGCGCACUGACGGAACGUGCUCGGCGUACAGCAGCCCACAGAUACCAAAGAGGGAAGUCCGACGCUCUAAAGACACUCUGGACCUCCGUGCUAGCACGCUGAACCAGAAGGCUCUGCGGGAACUUCAAUUACGAAGAACCACCAACAAAAACUGGACCUUUGGAAAGUAUCGUCUGAGGAGUGUGGACAACGCAGCAGAGGGCGACGCCUUGUGCAGGCUCUCUGCUAAUGCCCAGUCAGGCCAAGGAAGAGGACGUCUCUUCCAUGCUAAAGGGGCAAAUGGGAACGAUAUAUCAGGAGUGUCUUCAGCUGGGAUGGGCAACAUACAGAAAGAGGUGAGGAACAUCUCCCACCAGCACCUGGAAACUGCUGAAAGAUGCAUGUCCUACAAUAAACCAAAGUCUUCUCCUCAAACUUCCAACAUGCCACGCAGAGGGAGUGAGCCAGGAAAAGUCAACAUGGCAGCUGUGGCUCCCUUCAGGUUCAGGUUUCAGGUCCGUGAGGACACAGAUCCCACUCUUGAGGAUCUCAGUGACUGUUCCUCGGACUCCAUGGAGGUUUGCUGUGAAGAUAUAGACCCCGAGUCCCAGAGGAAGCGGACCGUGCAGAAUGUCCUUGACCUUCGCCAGAAUUUGGAGGAUACAAUGACGAGUCUGCGGGGAUCCCAGCUAAGUCAUAGCUGUAUGGACAGCAGUAAUAUGGGCUAUGACAGCGAUGAGACCAACGCUCGCAGCAUAUCCAGCAUGUCCAACCGCUCGUCGCCCCUCUCCUGGCGCCACGGCCAGUCCAGCCCUCGUCUCCAAGCUGGCGAGGCCCCGUCCUCCACGGGCGGAGGGUACCAGGGGAGUAAGAGCUGCUCCCAGUAUACGGCGCAGACGAUGCCAGCCCGCUGCUCCAGCCGCCUCAACAGCACGUCUCGAAUCGAGCUCAUUGAGGGGUUGGACGACCUCAAGUCUGGUUACCUGAGUGACAGCGACCUUCUAGGAAAGAGCCUGCCGGAUGAUGACGACAACCUGGCUAAUGGUUGGGAUGAGAGCAGCUCCAUCAGCAGUGGGCUCAGCGACGGUGAAGGCGAUGGCUCCGAGAACCUCAGUUCAGAGGAGUUCAACGUCAGCUCCUCCCUCAACUCGCUCCCCACUACACCCCUGGGGUCCAGACGCAACUCUUCUGCCAUGCUCCGCACUGAUGCAGAGAAGCGCUCCCUGGUGGAAAGCGGACUUUCUUGGUACAGCGAGGAUCACAAAGCCGGACACAAGCUGGAUUGUGGCAGCUAUGAGACGGGGAGCCUCAAGACAGAGGCGCCAAGCAAGUGGAGGAAGAAGCCUCCAAGCCUUAGUGAAGAUUUUGGGUGUAAAGGAGAACUGAAGAAGCCUCAAAGCUUGGGUCAACCAGGAAGUUUCAGGAGGGGUCGCAAUCCUCCUGUAGGUGUGACCUCCCCCAUCACCCACACCUCUCAGAGCACAUUGAAAGUCGCAGCACCUAAAUGUGAGAAGCCGCUGGAUAAAUCCAGGAUUUCCCUCAAAACUGCCGGUCUGCAGCGGUCUCGCUCAGAUGCUGGCAGGGAUCAUCUUGGAGAGUACCGCAAGCCCCCGUCAGGUUUAGUUAAACCCACAGCUGGAGCCUCCUAUGGCUACAAGAAACAUCCCACAGCCACCGGCACCGCCACCGUUAUGACAGCAGGGGGCACCACCAUCUCCAGUGGCUCUGCUACUCUGGGCAAAACCCCCAAGUCAUCUGGUAUCCCCGUGAAGCCUGUGGGAGGAGGGACCCCCUCAGGAAGGAAGAACAGUUUUGAUGCCAGCAGCGAGCACUGCUUUCUGGGGCCAAACACUCGAAACAGCAUUCAGUACCGCAGCCUGCCUCGACCGGCCAAAUCCAGCACGCUCAGUGUGAUUGGUCGCCCUGCAUCUCGGCCUCUCAGCGGCACCAUCGACCCCAGCCUGCUGAGUUUGAAACCCGUGCCCAUGGCCUCCACAGGCCCCAGGAUGAAAGAGCCCAGCAGCAGUAAGAUGUCGAGUCGAACGAGCACAGGCCCAGUGAACAUGACCGACCGGGAGAAGGAGAAGGAGAGAGCCAAGGCCAAGGCUGUGGGGGCCGACAUGGACUGUGGGUCUCUGAAAACAGAGACUCGGUCCUCAGGAGAGUCCACAACGAAACUGCACGGCCUGAGACGGACCAGCAGCAGCAAAUACCCUGAGCUGUCAUCUCCCACCACACCAAGGAUGAUGAACACAAAGUCUCUGGGACGUCCACCCAGCUUGGCUCACUUUGACAAGAUCAACUCCAACAGCCUGGACUCCUGUGUGACGAUCCAGGACCUUCCACCAAAAGUCCCCCCUUAUUCCAAGCUUCAGGACCUGGCUGGUUCCCACACCUCCUCCCGCCUCACCCCCAGUCCUGCACCUGUGCUCCACAUCGACUCCCCCGGCUCCUACACCAGUGAGAGCCUGAGUCUGAGUGGCUCCCCGCUGCUCUACCCCAAGCUCUCAGGCAUGCACCGCAGCAUGGAGUCCCUGCCCCUCCAGAUGAGCGUGCCUUCCAGUUCGAGGUUUGUCAGAACUGAGACGCAUGACAAGGAAGAGAGGGGUGCAGGAACCUGGGGGGCCGGAAGCAGGACGUCCCUCAAUCUUACAGAUAGCUUGCAAACAGACAGAAAUACCUUGCCGAAGAAAGGCUUGGAACGCUAUGGCUCAAGCCUGUCGGAGAGUGACGGCAAACCAGGGAGGCGCCACUCCCACACCAUAUCCAGCAUGACAGAGAGCGAUAGCCCCCCUCAGCUGCCUUCUCCAACCCGCCCUCUCCACCCCUCCUCCGGCAAGGCUCCUCUCACCAACGUGGUUGCCCCCAUUUCCAGUGGCACCCCAAGGAUAUCGCGCUCCAACAGCAUCGGCCCCCCUAGUGAGUUGGCCUGCGAUCCCUUUGGAACCUCCCCCCUGGGUAGCAGUAUGUCCCUGGCUGACCGGCCAAAAAGCAUGAUGCGUUGUGGGUCUUUCCGUGAACCAGGAGAUGAUGUGCAUGGCUCUGUGCUCUCUUUGGCGUCCAAUGCUUCAUCCAACUAUUCGGCGAAUGAGGAGAGGAUCCAAGGGGAGCAAAUCCGCAAGUUGAGGCGAGAGCUGGAGUCUUCCCAGGAAAAGGUUGCAGACCUGACCAUGCAGCUGAGUGCCAACGCUAAUCUGGUAGCAGCAUUUGAACAGAGUUUGGCGCUGAUGACGGCACGCCUGCAGACCCUGUCCGUCUCCUCGGAGCAAAAGAUCCCGUCAGAGAAUGAGAUGCUUCCAGGUGACAUAGGGGUUCUGGAAAUGAGUUGUGGGUCAAAGGACUCUGAGCUCACUGAUCUGAAGGAUACCAUCGAGGUUCUGAGGGUCAAAAACUCAGAGGCCCAGGAAAUCAUUCAGGAUGCUCUCAAUACUCCAGAAAUCUCACCUAAAGAAAUGCCGAUCAAUCGCCAGAACUCCUCAGAAAGCAUCUCCAGCCUGGCCAGCACCUCCAGCCACUCCAGUAUGGGCAGUCUGAAAGAGCAGGAGGCCAAGAAAAAGAAGAAGAAAAGCUGGUUGCGCAGCUCUUUCAACAAAGCCUUUAGUAAGAAGGGUUCCAAGCAGUCAGGGCCAUACGCUGACAUUGAGGAAAUUUCCACCCCAGAAUCCUCUGCUCCUUCCUCCCCCAAAGUGCACUAUGGUGGAGACAAAACCACAUUGUCAAUGAAAUCCUCCGCCUCUGCAUCAUCGUCGGGACUUGGUGAAGAAGGCGAGGAGGGCGAUGAUAAAGUUGUAACAGAACUGCGCACAGAGCUGUGGGAAAAGGAGCGCAAACUGACAGACAUCCGGCUGGAGGCUCUGAGCUCUGCCCAUCAGCUGGAGCAGCUGCAGGAGGCCAUGAGCAGCAUGCAGUCGACCGUGGAGAACCUGAAGGCCGAGAACGACCAUCUGAAGACAGGCAGCCUGUCCCCCUGUCCGUCUCCAGGCCCCUCCAGCUCCGUCUCCCAGUCCUCAGGUCUCACUGCUCUGGGCAGUUCAUCACCACGGCAGUCUGUAGCCAUGCACAUGCCCAAAAGCUACAGCAGAGGGUUGAAUGAGGGGGGCAGCUCAGACCUCUACUCUGCAGAUACUCUCAGUCUCUCCUCACAGAGGGAUGAUCACCGUGUUAGGGUGGUGAUAUGUGUUGCAGAUUUACGAGUCUUCAAAGAUCAGGAGGUCAAGCAGCAGGAUUUCUUCGUUGGGACGGUCCGGGUGAAUGGCAGGAUGGACUGGCCCAUGCUGGACUCGGCUGUCAGCCAGGCUUUCAAGGUGUACAUAGCCAAGGUGGACCCCACUUCUAGUCUGAGCCUGUCUACAGACUCCAUCUACAGUUACAGCAUGGGCCACAUUAAGAGAGUGCUGGGUGGAGAAGCUCCAGAGACGCAGCCCUCUCGCUGCAUGUCCCGGGGCCCCAGCAGCAUCACAGUGGCCCUGAAAGGUUUGAAGGAGAAGUGUGUGGACAGCCUUGUAUUCGAAACCCUCAUUCCCAAACCCAUGAUGCAACACUACAUCAGUCUGCUGCUCAAACACCGCCGCCUCAUCCUCUCGGGGCCGAGCGGGACGGGUAAGAGCUACCUCGCCUCCCGGCUGGCUGAGUACCUGGUGGACCGCAGUGCCCGUGAAGUCACCGACGGCAUCGUGGUCACCUUCAACAUGCACCGGCAGUCAUGCAAGGAUCUGCAGCUUUAUCUUUCCAACCUGGCCAAUGAAAUCGACAGGGAAAGCAGCGUGUCAGAAGUACCGCUGGUGGUUAUUCUGGAUGAUAUUCACGCACCGGGUUCUCUCAGUGAACUUGUAAACGGUGCUCUCACCUGCAAAUAUCACAGAUGUCCUUACAUUAUUGGAACGAGCAACCAGCCGGUCAAGAUGAUCGCAAACAAUGGCCUUCAUCUCAGCUUCAGGAUGGUGACCUUCUCCAACAAUGUGGAGCCGGCCAACGGCUUCCUGGUGCGCUACCUGCACAGGAAGCUGAUGGAGUCGGAGGAGGAGAAGAACUUGACCAAUGAGGACCUGAUCAGGGUGUUAGACUGGGUGCCCAAGCUGUGGUAUCACCUUCACGCCUUCCUGGAGAAGCACAGCACAUCCGACUUCCUUAUCGGGCCCUGCUUCUUCCUGUCGUGUCCGGUCACGGUUGAUGAGUUUCGAUCGUGGUUCAUUGACCUUUGGAACCACUCUAUUAUUCCUUACCUGCAAGAGGGAGCCAAGGACGGCAUCAAGGUCCACGGGCAGAAAGCAGUAUGGGAGGACCCGGUGGAGUGGGUGAGGGGCACGCUGCCUUGGCCAUCUGCCCAGCAGGACCAGGCAAAGCUGUUCCACUUGCCCCCCCCCAGCAUCGGCUCCAGCAGCCCCGGUCAGCCCUGCGAGGAGAGGCCUCACAAAGAGACUCCACCCAGCUCCAUGGAAUCUGAUCCACUGAUGGCAAUGCUUUUGAAACUUCAAGAGGCUGCCAAUUACAUUGAAUCCCCAGACAAAGAAGACCCUAGUCUGCCAAAACUUUGAACACAAAGCUUUCACUCAGCACUUCAAAUGUAUAGUUUUUUUUGUUUUUUUUUGUCCACUGUGAUGAUACAGUGCAUGUUCAGGAACAAACAACCCCUCAGAAAAGUCCUUCCCACAGUAGGCUGAAAGUAUAACUGGAAAAUUACAAAUCAUUUUAUUACAUACAGUAUUUUCAAAUGACUGUUCAUACGUAUUAAAUGAAACACUAUAUUGUAUUCCUUUAGUGUAUAUUUUGACAUUCACUUUAGUUCCCUUUACCAACACAUGAGCACUCAUUACCCUUAGAUCGGUGCUAAUAGAUCACUAAUUGUCUCAGUGUUUAGACUUCAGGUGAUUUCUGCAACAGCAUUACUUGCAUCAUGGGAUAUGUAGUGUUUGUCAACAGGAGAUAUCCUCCUUCAUGGUGACUCACUUUGGAAAAGAGUAUGACAGCAUGACAGAUGCUACUAUUUAUUGCAAAGUUCUUUGGUACAUAUCUACUGUAUAAGUCUUUGAAGGCCAAAUCUUAUACAUAUGCAAUGUUAACUUAGCAACCAGAGCGGGUGAAACGAUUAAAAUGCCUUAACAACAAAGACGUCACCUCAGCUUUAUCAGAGUGAACCGGUGCUUUUAUAAAAUAUCAUCCAUCUAAAACUGUCAGGAAUCAGUUCAACUUUCUGUAUUAUUUAAGUCAAUUAAUAAUCUUUUUUACAAUGUAAAAUUAUGAAAUAUUAUACAAUCAAUUAUAAGUAUUCUUUUUUCACCUAGUUUAACAUCUUCGUUAUCAGUUAAACGGCUUUAAGUUUUAAAAAAUACACUUGCUGUCAUACUCUUUUUGCUUAAAACAAACCUAUUUACUAGUGAUGUGUGUUUUGUCGCUGCACAGUACCAUAUUUUAUUUUUCAAGCACUUAAUUUGUGCCACCAAUGUUGCUAUGUAUAUCAGGUAUUAGAUACUUUUUACACAGGGAUAAUACAACACAACCAACACUCUUCGAUUAAACAGAUUUAGUAAAAACUAUUUGAAUCCAAACCAGAUUUUCUUUUAUAGGAAAGAGUACAUUUGUUUCAAAUCUUUCCCCCCAUAUUCAGAGUAGCUACUAUAUAUAUGGUGUACAUACAAUCAGGCUACAUCACAUUUAAUUAUAUUAGUUGGUGCAAAUAUCUAGUAUACUGAACCAAAUAUUGUACUUUAAUCAUGCUUCUUGACUGCCAUGCUAGUGGUUUAAGUUCAACUCUGAAUGUAUAGAAAACACGUAUACAAAUUGAGCAUCAUCAAUCAUCUUAUAGGUGCUUUUAAAAGAAGCCUUAUCACAAAGCUCCACUGCAACACAACAUCUGAGUAGAGUGACUUUAAAGCUACCUAGGCCCAUUUUUAGUUUCAAAAAAUGUCAUAAUCAUCAUUAAGUUACAUAUGGUGCUCUUUAACAAUGUCCCAAAUUGCUUUAGUGUUGAAUAAAGAUCACAUAGACUUUUCAGGGUAGGUUAGAAAAGUGUUGUGUGUCCUACAGUAGAACUUACAAACACUUAAGUCAUGUGAAAUAGACCUGGAUGAUCAUUUUUUAGGACAUGUUGAAGACAUUAGGUAGAGAGAGUGAAGUCAUGUGUGACAUUGUAUGGUGUUCAUCCAUGUUGGUGUCAAAGUGAAACUGGAGAGUAGUUGUUCCGAGGCAAAAAGGAAAAGAUUUAAACACUUUUUAAGGUGCUUUGUGUAGAUUUUGUAUGUAAAAACAUAAGCCCUGAAGGUAAAUAGCAGACAUUAGUUGUUCAAGUGUUGUCAAAACAAGUCACCUGUUCAUCCCAAACUGUGUCAUUUUUAGGUGCUCAGACUUCACAUGUACAUAAACCCUGUAAAUGAAUGUUGGACCACUUUUAUGACAGCUCAAUAAGAAAGUUAAACAUUUUAAAUGCUAUCUGAGCUGCUUUUCGCUUCAUUCUUGCACAGUUAGGCUGGUAACGAAACUUCAAGCUAAUCCGCGGCUCUGAUUGGUCUCAAAAGAAAUGAAUGAAUUACAGACAAAGAGCCAAAAGAUGCCAAAUGGACAGUGACCCUCACACUGGUCACAUGGCGAUUGGGACUAAUGUCACUUACUGUAAAUAUUUCAGGUGUUAGACAGUGAUAUCAGCCCUGGUCUGUUUCUGCAGGUUCCCCAAAGCCAUUAGCUCAAGCUUCUCAUCUAAUUCACUUGUUGUUGUGCCUGUUGCUCUGUAGUAGCUGUUAAUUGUGUUCGCUUACUAGUGUAUCAGGACUAUGCAGCAACUUCAGGUCUGUCUUUGAGUUUUUAUUUGGACCAAAUUGCAACACAGGACAAAAGUGAAAGCUUGUACUAAGCAGGAAUCUUAAAGAGAGGAGGAUUGUUGGGCGUUGCAUUGAAAACAGGGUAGAUGUACGUAGGUAAAGAAAUCAAGCAGAAGCUGUGUUUUGUGUUUUGUCUUUGAUGAAUGGCAACAAAAGUCUCAUAACUGGACUUGGUCAAAUCACGAUAAACAAUCAAACAAAAAUGUUUAAAAAUUGAAUUAUGAGAAUGAAAUCAGCACUUAACUGUUUGCAUAGGUAAUUUUAUGUAGAAUCAAACCAGAAGGCCAAUACAGGUUGCUGAAUAGUCAUAUUUUUGCAAAAGCUUGUUGUGGACUAAGCUAAGAUAAAAAGAAAAAAAUGUAUGCAGUAUCUAAUGUCACUGACGUGGAAAUGUCAAGGGUUCCUAAGUGUUGUAAAUGCAUGUAAACUUGCUGUGUGAUGAGAAAAAAAAGAUGACAUUAAUGUAGGCUAUUGUUUAGGAAAUUCAUGCUAGAUAAUGUUUUCCUUUGUAAUACUCAAAAUAUUUGAUAUUUCCUUUUCUUCUUUUUCUAACGAAUCCUUUGUAAAACUUAAUUUCUCUAUUUUGUACAGGGCAUCAUUGUAAAGAUUGUAAAUAGGGCAGCAUUCUGGAUGCAGCAACAAUCAUUGAGGAGGGGAAACACAACAAAAAUCAUCCUUGAGAAAAAAGGUUUAUUUCUUCAGAGUUUGGUCCAAAACAUGAAUAAGGCAUGUUUCUGAAGGCUUUCAUCCACCUAUCACUGGUUGUUGGAAUCAAUAAAAUACAUGUUAUAUUUA